GAAUGGCACAAUGACGCACAGAAAACGUUAGCCUCACUUUCUCCACUUCAAGGAACGCGCAGCAUCAGCUCCAGCCCCAACCCGCCAAUAACUGCACCUCCAUUUCCCAUUUCCAAUCCCUUUCCUUCAACACCAGACUCCUCCAUCUCACCACAUCCACAUUGCAUCAUGAGUGCUCCGCCGACGAUACCUCCCCGCCCGUCCAGGGCCCAGAACACCCAAUCACCCCUCAAUGACGUCCCCAAGAUCCCUCCGCGUCCCAAACGUGCCAUUGAGCGAUCCGUCUCGCCCAACCGCAACGCUCGCUCGCCGCUCAACGACCCUUCAUUCUUGCACACCGGCCAGCUACCCAGGGACAGCCAGCUCUCGCCCGAUGUGCCAGCCCGCCCUCCCAGCGUCAGUCUGCCUUCGCUGGGCCAAGAGGGCAUCGAGUACGCCAGCCUUGACGACCUCUCCAAGACCCUCUCCAACCAGCCCGAGGACUCGCCGCAACAGACCAAUGUCGCAGACGACCUGCCUCUGCACGCCCCCAAGGCUUCGGUGCCGAGCUCCACGGCCAAGAGUCGCAUCCAAACGGUGACCCGCACCGAUUCUUCCCAGGCCGCUGCUGCUGGCUUUGGGAAUCUGACUCCCGACAGCAAGGUCAAUCCCUCCGACUCGGGUCGCUCCCUCUCCUCGGCUGGUGGGAACACACGCCCCAGCUCCAUAUACAAGGAUAACGAUGAAGAGGAGCACGGCAUUCCCGAGAUCGGGGUCCAGGUGCCCAUGUACCCGCACGCUGGUGACGUGCAGGCGCCCACUCCUGGGCCCACGGACCCACCUCCAUCAACUGGCAUUGGAUUCUUCAACAAGGGCGGUCAGCCUUCCCAGCGCCAUCAUGGCCGCACCAAGAGUGGUCGCGAAAUCUUCCAUGGCCCGCCUGGCAGCUACGGGUUACACGGCCAUGGCAAGAUUGGCAAGGACGAGUUCGAGCAGUCGUGGUAUGCGAAGCAUCCCGAGGACCUGAAGCGUGAAAAGGCGGGUGAAUAUGGGCCGCAUAUCCAAGAGAACAGGAAGGAUUACAAUUGGGAAUCGGAAAAGCUCGACAAGCUUGUUCAUGCCGCCAAGGGAAUCGGAAUGGGCACCUCCAGGGAAGCUAUCAGCACCCCUGACGAGCAGAUUGGAUACAUGGCGAGUGAAGAGUAUGCCUCGAGGAUGGCUUCUCCUCGUCCUGCUUCAUCGGGACGUCCUAGCUCGAUUCACAAGAGCCUGCCUGCCACCGAAUCUCCUCUGCGCCACUCCAAGUUUCCCGAAGGCGCUUUUACUAAGCCAGAGGCAGCUGAAGCUGAAGCUGAAGAGGAUGUCAUUCACAUUGACCCUCCUGCACACCGCUCAAGUAAAAUCCAUGGUGGUGGCUACGACCCACCUACCGAGGACCUGGGCCCAGCAGGCGGCAACACCGAGGAAGAAGGUGGCUGGGUCACGGAACGCGGCUAUGGAAUGCCCAUUCUCGCCUCAGAUGAGCUCAAGAAGCACGGCCCGGAAGCCGAAUGGAGGCAACCUGCCAUCGAUCCGGAGCUCGAACGCCGGACGAGCGGCGAGUAUACCGUCAACGAGGACGGCACCCCGGCCUACAUCACCAAGCAGCGAACACACAGCAGGAGCUCCAGCCGCAAUGCCGAGAGGCAACGAUUUGUUCCCAGCCCCGCCCAGUUUGACAGAUCUGGCACUCCUUUGGAAUCGACCAAAGAAUACGAGCCCUUGUUCCCCGAGGAGGAGCACCAGGCGAAGAAGGCCAAAGGUCCUCUGGAUAAGCUAAAGCGUCCUGAUCUUGCCCGCCACCACUUUCCCAGCCAGGACACUUGGGAGGACACUCCCAGCAGCCACCAGCUGGAGACGACCGUCGAUACACCCCAGGCUGAAGAAGAGCCAAAGAGUGCCAUCGGUGGUGGCGGCGUCGAUGCUGGCCAGGUCUUCGAGAGCCCAGAGAACGAGCAAGCCCGAAAAGAGAAUAUUACAAAAGAAGACCAGCAGUCGUUUCUUCCCGAUCACACAAAACGCUUUGCGAAUAAGCACCUUGAGAAAGAGCACCUUACUCGUCCCAACUUGCAACAGCGCUUCCCCAGCCAGGAUAUCUGGGAAGACAGCCCAGACCAGAUGCAGUUGGAGACGACUGUGAGCGGGCCCCAGACUCCAGAAACGGGUGAAUAUGCCGAAGAUACGCCUGCUUCGGCAGCGAAACCAUCAAUUCCCCCCAGACCAUCAAUACCAGCGCGGCCGCAGAAGAAGGAAACAUCUCCCGUAGACAAGAAAGCCCCCCUCAUUCCUGAGCGACCCAAGCCUCAAGUUCCUGUCCGACCCAGCAAACCUCUGACCAAGUCCUCAGAGAAAGUUCCUACCAUAUCUUCGGAAGAUGGUGGGGAGGCUGCGCCUCAAGUCAAGGCCAAACCUCCGGUUCCUGCACGUCCUGGUGGUAGCAAGAUUGCCGCACUGCAGGCUGGAUUCAUGAAGGAUCUCAACAGCAAACUCGGCCUCGGCCCACCUAAGGUCAAGGAGCCUGAACCGGAGGAGGAGAAGGAACAGGAGCCAGCGAAACCCCUCUCUGAUGCUCGCAAGGGUCGGGCCAAAGGACCGCAGAGGCGGAAACCCACGGCCUCACCUGCCCCUGCGGCGACCGUGACCUCGCAAGUCGCAGUACCACAGCAGAAGCUCGCCAUGGAUAUCGUUACCACUGUUUGGUCCAUUGGAACCGAUGGCGAGCUUGACGUGCCAUUUGCGCAGCUGUCCGCUAAACUCCACGACGCGCUCAAAGCUCCCAGCCAAUCCCAGACCGAUGCACCAGCAGCUUCGGAAGAAGUGCUAGAUAAGGAAGAGCACGCCCAACCCGAAGAAGCCAAUCUCGAGCCGACGCUGGUCAAAGAGGCGACUCCGAGCGACCCUACUGCUAGCAUCGACGCCGCGCCAGAAGAGCCCGACGAGCCUAUUGCGGGUCAGACGGUUGGAAAAUCUGAACCUAUCACGGCGGGCGCGAGCGACGUGGAGCCUAAGAUUGAGAAUCUUGCACCCGGCGGUGGGGUAUCGUUGGACCAGAAGCAGAGUCUCGAGGGAGAGAUUGUGAAGGAGGCAACCGAGAAAUUGGCUGUUGGAGGCAGUGAAGAGAAGGCUAAAGAGGUUAGCAGUAACUCAUAGGCUGUAUCUUGGCGAAGAAGAAACAUGGUUGGGUUUGUGUAUAGGCCGUUGACGAGGAAUGGAUGACGUUGUUGCACGGUUUGGGGGGAUUGUUGAUGGCCAUCUGACGAGGGCCGGCUCAUCCACGCAAUCAAUUAAUCAACUGUGUUACUAUGGUGGUUGGGUAAAAUAUAUAUAGCUAGUCUUUUUUUUUUCUUCUCUGUCCCUCUUUUCAGAGUUUUGAUAGUUUGGAAUCUAUUUGUUUCCCUUCUUCCUUCCUUCAAACCCCCCCUUCUCUCUCUCGCUGUCUUUAUACUAAUCAACAAAUCUACACACUAUUUGUCUUCCCUAGUUUAUUUUCUAGGCCUUUUUUAAAACCUAACAUGUACUCUUUACCUUCAGUGCUCACUCAGCACGUAGAAAUUUACAGUUUUUUGUUUCUAGCUAAC